UCCUCUUGGGGGCCAGAACUAAGCAAGAGACUCUCAAUAACAGACUAGGAAGAUAUCUGAUGUGUUGCCUCUCACCUAAGACACAAAUUACUUUACAUUAUGCCUUUUAAAAAGGAAGAUCCUAAAAAUGCAAAUGCAGACUUUAUUUCCAAUAUUGUUUGAAUUCAUGUUGUUAAAAAACCAAAGUCCCUGAGCAGAGGGAAAACCUUCAAAAUGAAACACACCCCUGGUCUGACAAAGCUCCACCCCUUCUCUGACUCACUCAAGCAAACCAGGAAACAAGAUCUAUUCCCGCUCUGAGAGGAACAUAAAAAAUACUGAGAGAUAAAAAAGACUCCCCUUAAUAUGAUAAACGACAGUUACAAGAUGGGACUACUGGAAUACUUAAAGACUGCCACUUCUAUCUGCUGCAGACAAUGAAUUUCAACUUUACUAAAGCCACAAGUCAAAGUGAAACUUCACUCAGAGAAAAAAUGUCUUUCCAAUCUGAGAGAGAGCUCUCCUGCACUGUCUGCCAUGACAUCUUUAGAGAUCCUGUUUUCCUGUCAUGUAGCCACAGCUUCUGCAAAGACUGCCUGCAAAAAUGGUGGAAAGGGAAACAAAUAAAGGAAUGUCCAGUUUGUAAGAAAAUAUCUCCACAAUGCGAUCCACCCUGCAACUUAGUAUUAAAAAACCUGUGUGAGGCCCUCCUACUGAAGAGAGAUCAGACAGGUUCAGCAGGGUCUGAGACUGUCUGCAGUCGGCACUCUGAGAAACUCAAACUCUUCUGUCUGGACCAUCAGCAGCCAGUGUGUGUCGUUUGUCUGCAUUCGAAAACACACAACAACCACAGAUUCAGACCCAUCGAUGAAGCUACACAGGAGCACAAAGAGGAGCUGCAGAAAUCCCUCAAGCCCUUACGGGAGAAACUGAAGCUGUUUGAACAAGUUAAAGGGAACUGUUACCAAACAGCAGAACACAUUAAGGUCCAGGCCCGACACACAGAGAGGCUGAUUAAGGAGCAGUUUAAGAAGCUUCACCAGUUUCUACAAGAGGAAGAGGAGGCCAGGAUCUCUGCUCUGAGGGAGGAAGAGGAGCAGAAAAGUCAGAUGAUGAAGGAGAAGAUUGAGGCUCUGAGCAGAGAGAUAGCAGCUCUUUCAGACACAAUCAGAGCCACAGAGGAGGUGCUGAGAGCUGAAGACGUCUCAUUCCUGCAGAACUACAAGGCUGCAGUGGAAAGAGUCCAGCAGCGCCCCCUGCUGGAUGAUCCACAGCUGGUCUCAGGAGCUCUGAUAGAUGAGGCCAAACAUCUGGGCAACCUGACCUUCAACAUCUGGAAGAAGAUGAAGGACAUGGUCUCCUACACUCCUGUGAUUCUGGAUCCAAACACUGCUCAUCCAGAACUCAUCCUGUGUGAAGAUCUGACCAGUGUGAGACAUGGAAAGAGACAGAAGCUUCCUGAAAACCCAGAGAGGUUUGAUAACUACCCCUGUGUCCUGGGCUCUGAGGGCUUUAACUCUGGGACUCACAGCUGGGAUGUUGAGGUUGGAGACAGUACUCACUGGAGAGUGGGUGUCGCAUCAGAUUCUCUCAAGAGAAAGGGUGAGCCAACAUCUGGAUUGUGGAGGAUAGGGUGCUAUAAAGGUGAAUAUUCAGUACGCUCACUACUAGGAUUAUCCAUCAUUCUCCUUUUGGAGAAGAAGCCACAGAGGAUUAGAGUUCAUCUGGACUGGAACGAAGGAAAAGUGUCAUUCUUUGAUCCUGAUACUAACACACACCUACACACCUUCACACACACUUUCUCAGAUCGGCUGUUUCCAUACAUUAACACUUGUCAUGAAGUGCCACUGAAGAUUAUACCAGUUAAGUCUCUGCAACAGUGAAACAUGUAUGAAUAGAAGUGGCUAGUUUCAAGAGAAUGCUGAUGACUACAGUACAUAAUUAUCAUUUAUCUAUAUUAUCUACAUUAUCAAUCUAAACAUGUCGAAAAACACAGUUUGGUAAUCUAUAAUAUAACAUAAGAACAAAUACAAGGAUAAACUAAGAUAAUGCAGUAAACCUUAAGUUAACUCUGAUCAUCAGAUAUUUCCAGCAGAAAACAGCAGAGAGAAAACAAACAUGAAAUGUAAACAAGUAUUUAGCAGCAAAAUUAUGAGAAUUUUUCUGAUAAGUAAGAUUUUUCAAAAUCUAAAGAGCUGCUGUGCUGCUCAGAUUACAAGAGGUUUUUUGUCCCAGACUUUGGUCAUGUUGACAUGAGGGUGCACAAACCACUCAGUUGAUCUCAGACCAGGUGUACUGGUUACAAGAUUUUUUUGCUUGGAGUAAUCCAAGACUGGGUUAAAAUGAUCACGAUAUUCAAUGAAAACACAGGACAGAUAAGAGGCAGAUAACGCUACGUUUUGAGCUGCAGUUGUGACGCAUGGUGUACGUAUUAAAAAAAAGAGCAGGUGAAAGAUAGAUUGGUUUUACACAAGCCACAUAGAUGAGUCAGACAUCAGACAUACAGUGAGCCACCUAAUUCAUUUAAAUAACUCAACCAUGAAAAAAAACCAAAACAAGAAUUACCGAAAAAAUUAUUUUCCUCAAUCAAAUUGUAAAAACAAACAGAGGUCUGGUUAAUAAUAUAGUGAGUAUGUUAUAAAGUGUGUGUGUUUGCUGCCUUCGGUCUCUGGCACUCUAGUGGGAUACUGCUCUUCUUCUGUCUCAGACUCUCCAUGAUACCAGGAACUACUAGUGCAUCCUGUUUGUAUUAAGGAGAAAAUCAGACAUGUUUGAAACUGUCAUAGUGUCUGGGACAGAUCAUGAUGGCGGGGGGAGACUCUGAACUAAAGGAACCAUCAAGAGGGUGGAGGGAUAAUGUCUCAGAUGUAAGACAUUUGGGACAGGAAAACUGUGGCUAAAGUUUGAUACACGUGUUUGUUUCUGCUGUUCAGGACAGCUGACAUUACUUUAAUUACAGAGCUGACUGGACAAAUACUUCUAUGCAGGAUGGUAGAGGAGUCUGCAUACUCAGCUUGAUCUGCAUCUUUAAAUAUUUCUUACAAGUUCUGGGUAUUUUUAUACAUUUGAUAUUUUUGUAAUAAUUUGGUGGUUUUAGCAACAGUUCACCGUGUGUAUUAUCUGUGCCUGGUGAUCAUGUAUUGGUAAGACUCAUACAAAGGAAGGUUGUAGCUGAUUUUCUGUGCUGUAGGCUGAUAAUAUAUGGAAUAUAUCACUAAUAUUAAUUUUGAUCACACUGUGCCUGAGAGGCUUCGCUGGUGAAGUUGGUCAUCACAGCGCUGACUGUGGCUCUUCACAAGAAUUUUAAGGUCAUCAGAAAAGUGACAGUUUCACCAAUUUAAAAUGUUUUUAUGAUCUGAGUGUUAAUUACAGUAAUCAUGUUUGACCAAUAUAAACAGUGUUUGUAUUAAUCAUCUAUAGAGAAAAUUUUUUUUAUACAUGUGAAUUUCAUAGUGAGUUAUUCAUCUCAUAUCAAGUUUAUGCUUGUAAAACAGCUGUUGAGUUGAGAGAUAACAUUACUUUUAGUGUAUUUUAUAUUUUGUGAAUUUUAUAAUCUCCUUCUACAAUAACCACCUGUACGGCAUUAUAGGGAAUUUUACUUUUCUGUACCCA